AUGUCGUUGACGAGAAGUCCAAUGAGCCCGCUUCGCUCUCAUAACCCUUUGUCUUUUGCCUCUCAACCCGACCGCCAACAACCAGACAUGUCCCGGACGACGGCUUCAAGGCUCAAUUUCGUUGCCUCGUGGAAACUCGACUCCGAGGCCGCCCGGGAGGAGCCCAGACUUCGAAACAUGCUCGGCCAUCUCUCCAUCUUCGAAGGGACACGCACGAUACCUAGGCCAGGGAAAGUGCCAGCUGAAGACGCCGAUCCCAACGAGCUCUCCGCCUACAUUCAACAACAUGUCCCAUCAUUCCAGGACUUCCAGACCGCCAUCGCUCUUCAACUAGCGACAAUAGCCCAGAUACAAGCCGCGGCGGCCUCGGUGACCGUAGUGGAGUACAACAGUGACGACGACGAUGAGGAGGAAGAAGAAGAAGAAGAAGAAGAAGACGACUACGACGACGACGAUGAUGACUAUGAUGAUUACGAUGGGAACUGGAGCGACUCUGACCCUGCAGCCGAGAGCGACGAUAGCUCUACGGACGACGCAUAUGAAACUUCAGAUUCUCAGUGGUCCCCGUGCAGUAGUCCCACGUCGAGUUUAGGCGAGUUGGAAAAGGACGAGGAAGGCGAUGCCGGACUGUGGGCUAUUCGACCACUUGCACCAAUCAUCAAACGCCAUUCUGAGAUCGUCUGCUAG